AUGCUCCGCGAAGAGCUCCUUCGGUCUAAGAACGAUGAGAUCGCACGUUGUUUGUUGUCGCGGAAGCGCAAACUGAGCGAGCUCUACUUUGCGACCGUAGGCUUCGCGGGCGCGACCGAGACCCCAUCCGCGGACUCGCUAUACCAUCAGAAGGAACAGGCGUUCCUCGACGCCAACGAUCUUUCCAAAGGUCGCUACUUCGAUGAAGCCACCCUUCCACCCUUACCUAAUUACGCAGAGAUCCUAUCGCGCAAGUACCAGGAAGCUGUGCAGUCACGACCCGAACCAUCGAAAGCCUCCAAUGUCAUUCCUAUCAGUCCGCCGGCGGGUGUAGAAGCUGUUCUUUCUCAGACUGCUCCUGAGGUCGGCAAACAUAUACCACUGUCCCAGCAGUUACCGGAACAGAAACCUUCUGGUACUGUACUACAACAGCAACAGCAAGAUGUCCAAGCCCCUACUCAGCCUGCGCCUGGCAUUACUUCCGAAGGCUUGCAAGGUCUUGAUGCAUCUACUCCAGCCGCUGCACCCCCGGCCGAAUCUCCAGCCCCUGAGCAGAAGAUAAUCCCUGCUGUUCCAGGAACUCCCAAGAGCAACCAAGGCCAUGAUUCUGCAGAGGUUAGCGUCUCACCGAGCCAGGUCAAGCCGACACCAACGGUUGGGGUUGCUUCUGGGCCCGCUGAAGUGCCCUCUGGCCAAAACAAGCAUGAUGAACGGCCGUCUCUCCGGCUAAGCCGCGUGGCUCAUCGCAAUGAACAGCCGCUCUCUCCUGUGUCUUCAGCCGGUCCUUAUUCUAACAAUACUCCUAUCCCGGUUGCUGUAUCGCCAGAGACGAGUCCGGCCGUGGAGGGAACUGGACCCACCGAUAAGAUUGUACCAAGCCCCAAGCCUGAGGAACCUACCCAAGCGCCUCCAAUCCUGGUGCCAUCCACGCCGGAUGAACAGCUUCGAUUAGAAGAGGCGCAAUCGCUUCGGCAAAGCUCGCUGGUCUCGAAGAAAACAAUCGGGGAUAGUGGUACCGAUAGGCCUUCGACGACGAAUGACGUGCUGCAAGAGAGUGUUGACUCGGCACCGACAGGUCUCGAGGAUUCGGUGAAAGAGGAGCAAGUUUCAGUCCAUAUACCCCCAGCGCCGGAAUCAAAGAAGCCUGAUGGAGUGGUCGAAACCGCAGAAGGUGACGGGGUGUCUGCGUCACCUCAAACCGAACAGGCCCAACUUUCGAAUGCGAUAGAACCUGAAGUACUGGCUCCAGCAACUUCGGCACCGAAGAAGGGCACGCAAACCGUUUCUGGGCCAGCACAGCCCGAAAGAAUGACAACCAGAGUCUCUUCCGGUGCUAUUCGGCAUAAAUCCGUUUCUGAAAUCCUCGGCGAAUCCCCUAAACCGGCGGUGGUACAACCUGAUAAAGCCUCUGCUACUGAGAAACCCGCAGAGGCGGCGCGAGCUGUAUCCAAGGCUUCCAGUGACUCUGCAGCAAGAUUAAGCUUCAAGGACAGGAAGGCACGGGAAAGAGAAAGGAGCAAGCUCUCUACAGUUGUUUUUCCAAAACAGCAGCAACAACAACAACCGCAGGACCAAGCCGACUCCAUGGAUCUUGUCCGCCAGCAUACUGGUGAUCUAGCGAAGUUGAACGAGGAAAGGGAUUAUCUAUUCACCUUGUUCCAGAGCAAGGCUUAUAGCCCCCCUCGAGGCAUAAGCCUCAGUACCCUCCUUGCCUCUGCUCAUAAAACCUUAACCACCGCAAAUCAUCACCUUGAAUAUCAAGAGCAAAUGGAUUGUCGUACCCUUCGCCGCAUCUAUCAGCUUCAAAAUGCAAAUCGGUGGCCAUUGCGCCAAAUGAAGCGCUCAGUAGAGCCUCCUCGCCAAGGGACGCACUGGGAUGUUCUUCUAGAUCACAUGAAGUGGAUGCGCACUGAUUUUCGCGAAGAAAGGAAGUGGAAGACCGCAGCAGCAAAAAGUUGCGCAGAUUGGUGCGCCGAGUAUGUCAACAGCCAGCCAGAACAUAGGUCGUUGCUCCGUGUGCACGCUAGGGCUCCACCACUCAAAUUAGAGAAAAAGGUCGAACCUGAUACUAAUAUGAUGUCGCCUCCAGAGGAGACAGGAGAUGAAAUGCUGGGAAUGUCUCACCCAACUCCAGACCUAGUACCUUCAACAGAAGAAGACUCGGUUAGCGAGGGCUAUAAUGAUGAGCCGCGUCAUGAUUUACAUGAUACGGUUGCGCCUGCAGCAAUAUUCUCCCUUAGCUCAGAUGAAUUCACAUUCUCGCUAGAUAUGACGCCGGCAGCUCAAAAGCUUCUGGAUGAACUUCCAGUCUACUCCCCAGUUGGGAUUGCUCCAGAAACCAACCUCCCGACUUUCAAAGAACCUCCGGAUGCUACGUGGAAGACUGAGAUUCUACCAGUCUCAAAGUACGCUUCUGGAAAGAUAGCAUUCCUUGAUGAUGAACCGCGACGAAAACGUAGCCGUUACGAUUAUUCGCAGUAUCAUUCCGAUCCAGAGCAAAGGUUAUUGGACCUGCCGCCAGAGCAGACAAAUGUUGCCCUCUUCCGACCCGAGAACAAGCAUAUACGUGAUCGUAUUCACCCGGGGCAUACCUUUAGACCUCCAACUGAAUACCCUAUGCCUUCGGUUGGCUUCUUUGAGUCCCGUCAGUCAUCUCAGUGGACAUGGGCAGAGGAUGAUGAAUUGCGCCGUCUCGUAAAGGAGUACUCUUACAACUGGUCUCUGAUUUCUAGCUGUUUGACUCCUUCGUCGCAAUUCACUUCUGGAGCGGAGAGGCGAACCCCUUGGGAAUGCUUUGAACGCUGGAUUGGUCUGGAGGGAUUACCUGCGGAUAUGUCAAAGACACAAUACUUCAGGGCUUACCAUCAAAGGCUGGAGACAGCACAGCGUACUGUGUUAGCGCAGCAGCAAGCAGCGCAGCAACAACAACAACAACAACAGCAGCAGCAGCAGCAGGGCAAUAACAACCCCCAGUCAUUACCCCCGGUUCGUAGGCGAACCACACAACCCGUCCGGGUAGACCGUAGACGGUCCUCGAAGCAUCUUGCUUUGCUCGAUGCCAUGCGCAAGUUGGCCAAGAAGCGGGAGACGAUGCUUCAAAAGCAACAACACGCUUCACAACUAGCAUCAUUGAGAAAAGUCAACGAAGCAAACCAGCCAAAGCCCCCUAUCUCCACACCUGCCGAGUUUAGUCGACUCAAGUAUGAGCGGGAGUUAAAACUGCAGGAGAGGCAAGAACAAUACCGGCAGCAGAUGAUAGCCACACAGAGGGCGAACUUGGCAGCUCAGCGUGCUGGGCAAAUGCCUAACCAGCAGCCAAUGAUGAACGCUCCUGGUCGAACUCCGAAUGCUAUGCCUCAAAACCCUGGAACUCCCUCUAUGCCCGCCAGUACCCCUAAUGGGAUGCCGAAUGGGCUACCGAAUGGAAUGUCGAAUGGAAUACCGCCUGGCGUUGGUGCCAACCAAGGACGGCCCCAUAUGCAAGCAAUGUCUGGAAGCGGACCUGCGAAUGGCCACAUGCCUCCUAACCCCAUGGCCAUGAAAAUGGUGCCACAGUCCGGAAUGCAACAAUCAACUGCCACUCGACCUGGAAUGCCAAUGCAAACGACUCCAGACAACACUCGGGUCAUCCGGGAAGCCAACCGGCUCCAAGAGCAACAACGGCUCUUACAAUCUAGGCAGCAACAGCCACACCCGCAGCCUCAACCUCAGCAACCCCAGCAGCAAUUUCACAAUCAGCAACAGUUUGUGGGCCAGGGUUCUCAUUCCCCGACUAUGAAUGUACCCAAUGUUAAUGGGACCCCAAACAAUCCCGCCAUGAUGGCUGCUCUCCAGGCUGGGGGUGGCAUGCAAAGCCCGUCAUUUCAUAACGCUACUCCUCAAGGGGUCUCUACUCCCUCACCUCGCAUGGGACAGCCUAACUUGUUGUCAAGCGGGGUUGUACCGACCAUCAGUAGCUUGCAAAAUCAGAUCCAGAGAACGCACCCAGGUAUGCCCGCAGAGCAGGUGAAUAAGUUGGCCACCGAACGAUUGCAUCAGUAUCAGCAGCAGAGAAUGUCUCAGGUUGCAAUGAAUGCAGCCGCUGGAAAUAUUGGAGCCGUCCAGGCCAAUUAUCAGAUGUCGCAAGAUGGAAACUUUCAAUCGUCUCCGAGCGGCAUGAAUGGUAGCCCUGGGAUACAGAUGCCUCAAGCGCAAGGGUACUCGCCCAUGAUGCGUGUUCCUCAAACUGCUCAACAAAAUCGAGUGGGCGUUGGAAACUCGCCGGCCAUGAAUGGGGUUGUCCCUCAACCGAGCCGCAGCGCAACACCGCAGACUCAACGCAGUGGCAGUGCUCAGGGUGGUCCUAUGCCACCUUCGAACAAGAGCCCGAACCCUCCACAAGCUCAAACCGCUAGCAGCUAA